CUUUUGGCUUGUGUUUCUCUAAAACUCGAAAUAUUUCACCAAUUCCUUUAUUAGUAUUAACAAGUUUUGGAAUUUACUUUGAAUCAAAAUGGCUGGAAAUAUGACAGGAAUACUCUCCAAAACCCGGCUUUCCUUUUGUCUCAUUACCAGGAGAGGGUAUGGUGCAGCAGUAUCACAAGCAGAAACAGAGUCUACGAAAAGGACUUUAAAGAGUAAAGGAAAACAAGAGGAAGAGAAGGCAACUUCAGAGUCAUUAUCAUGGGUACCAGACCCUAUCACUGGAUAUUACAAGCCUUCGGGUCAGACUAAUGGGCCUUCGGGUCAGACUAGUGGGCCUACAGGCCCAAAACAAGAAGAGUAAACAAUGGAUGAUACAACAAUCCAAAAGAAAAUUGUGGUUGGCAAUGACUCUUUUGUCUAUAGUAUUGAUUAUGUGUUUAUUUCAAAUCCAAAUAUUUAUAUUAUGUAUGUUUAGUAUGUAAAGAUUGAAGGGGAGAUUUGGAGCAACGGUGAAGUUAUCUCCGUGUGAUCUAUAGGUCAAGAAUUAGAGCCGUAGAACCUGAUGCUUGCAUCAGGGUAGGCUGCCUACAUCACAUUCUUUUAAGUACGGCCCUUCUCCGAACUCUACGUGAACGCAGAAUACUUUGUGCACCGGACUGCCCUCCUUAGUAUGUAAAGAUUGAUGAUUGUCACUAGUCACUUUCAGAUGCUUUUAGUUUUGUUAUGUUUUUUUUUGGUAUUUUAAUUCUAAUUGAUGAAUCGGAUUUGAUUUUGAGAGAAUUGUUUUAAGUUUGUUA